UGGCGUCGUUCACCUACUUCAGCUGUCAAUAGUUAAUUGUGAUUGUGAAUUAUUUGUCAACGCAUUGUAUUAUUUCCAAAAAUAUAUUAUAAUUUUUCAUUAUAUUACUCCCAAUUUUGAAACUUAUUUGUUUCUGAACUUUUAAAACAUCCGAAAUACUUAAAAUGGGAUCGAAAAAACAUAAGAAAGAAUCCAAAAAGAGGAAACAUCGCAGCAGAUCACGAUCACCUUUGGAUGGCGAAGAACGUGAAAAGAAAAGACAUAAGAAACACAGGGAUCGCAAGAAAGAUCGAUCUCCUGACGUUGAGGAAGUUCCUGUGGACUCGCACCUGCCGCCCGACAACGGAGUGAGCUCGGGGAGUCGCAGCAGCAGCCUCAGUGUCCGCGACCCGCGGGACUCCAAGCCCCGGGAAGAUGCCUACAGAGACAACAGUCAGGAAUCCGAGCGCGCCCCGUCGCCCGCGGCGGCCGGCAGCUCGGCGCAGGAGAGCCUCUCUAUCGAAGAAACCAACAAAUUGAGAGCCAAGCUGGGUCUCAAACCCCUCGAAGUUGCCGAGAAACAAGCGGAGGAUGGGAAGAUAAAAGAUGACCUGGGCGAGUUCUACCACAAGCCGGCCGCGAACCUUUCGCAACAGCGCGCUGCGGACAAACUGCGCGAGCGACUCGAACUGCGCCGAGAGAAGCGCCAGCUCGAGAACAAGCUUCAAACGACGCUGCUGGCCGAUGGGUCCGAAGAUGAGGACGCGUCGGGGUGGAUUAAGAAGUCACGGGACCUCGAGAAACAGAAGAGAGAAGCUGCAAAAAGGGCGGCGAUGCUGGACGAGCUGGACGAGGAGUUCGGCGUGGGCGCGCUGCUCGCCGACGACCGGCGCGAGAGCCGCGAGCGCGCCUACGCGCCCACGCAGCUGCGCGGCCUGCGCGUCGCGCACGACUUCGCCGCCCUUCCGGACGAACGCGAGACCGUUCUGACGCUGGCCGACAAGGACGUGCUCGCCGAGGACAGCGAGGACGUGCUCGUCAACGUGAACAUCGUCGACGACGAGAAAUAUAAAAAGAACAUCGAGGAGCGCAAGAAGGCGCGCGCUGGCUACCGCGCCUACGACGAGGAGGCGGAGCUGGCGACGGCGCUGGGCCUGGAGCGCUCCGUGCUGUCCAAGUACGAUGACGAGAUCGACGCGGACGCCAAGCUGCGGAGCCGCGGAUUCCGCCUCGGGGACCAGGCCGCGCUGGAGGCCGAGCGCGCCAGGGAAGCCAUGAGAGCAGAGCGUUUAGCUGGAGGACCGGACAAGCGCUUGGAAUCAUUACAACUUCCGGAAUUGCGCAUAGCUUCUGACUAUUUGGAUGAGGAGGAAAUGCAGAUAAAGUUCAAAAAAGUCAAGAGAAAGGGUAAAAUUCGCAAAAAACCAAAGCAGGAGCCGAUAGAUGUAGACGAGCACGAAGCCGGAACAGCGCCGCUGGAAACUGAUGAUACAGAGGUGAAGCCGGAACAGCUGUGGGCCGCCGACGAGGACGAGGUGGAGGUCGACACGGAGCUGCAGGCCGCGCUGGCCCGCGCGCGCCGCCUGCGCCUCGCCGAGCGCGCCGAGCACAAGGCCGAGGUGGACGAGAUAUUACAGCAGCCGAAGGAGGAGCCGCCGGAGGUGGACGCGUCCGACGCGUCCGCCAUGGUGCUGGAUGCCACUGCGGAGUUCUGCCGAACGUUGGGAGACAUACCCACUUACGGGCUGGCCGGCAACAGAGACCACCUCGCGGAGAUCAUGGACUUCGAGCGCGACGAGGUAGAAGCGGAGCCCGAGGUGGACACGAACUCGGGAGCAUGGAGUCGCGUCGACGUCGACAGUGAGAAGCCGGCGGACAUCGCGGCCGGCGCGGCGGGCGGGCUGGAGGCCGAGCCGGCGCUGGGCGCGGGCGUGGCGGGCGCGCUGCGGCUGGCGCUCAGCAAGGGCUACCUGGAGCGCGCGGGGGCGGCGCCCGCUCCGCGCCCGCGCACGGCCGCCGCGCUCACCGCGCACCACUACUCCAUCGAGGACAAGACCUACGGCGAGGACGAUAAGCACGGUCGUCGCGAGCGCGGCGGACACUCGGGCCCGCUGAGCGAGUUCCGCGAGAAGAACAACUUCCGACCGAACAUCAAGCUAGAGUACGUGGACGACGACGGGCGACCGCUGUGUCCGAAGGAGGCCUUCCGCUACCUCUCGCACAAGUUCCACGGGAAGGGGCCCGGCAAGAACAAACAAGAGAAGCGCAUCAAGAAGGCCGUGCAGGAGGGGUUGAUGAAGAAAAUGAGCUCGACGGAUACUCCGCUAGGUACGCUGCAGAUGUUGCAGCAGAAACAGCGAGAGACACAGUCGCCAUUCGUUGUGCUCAGCGGCGCCAAACGAGACGCCAACAACUGACCCCGAGGCCGACCGCCGGCCGCGGCGGGCCAUACGUGCCGUCUACAAAUAACUAUAAUUGUCAACUGAAACCGUUUUAAAUAUGGUCACGUAUUGAAAUAAAAUUUAUUUGGUCUACCAAA